UGGUUCAUCAAUUCACUAUUCAUCACCAGGCGACUCCAAAUGAAGUUGGGGUCAAAUAGCGUUAUCGAGUCUCUCUACUCUGAUGAACGUGAUGACUGAUGAUAGAUCUAACCCCGACUCUUGAGAAUCAUUCCCCUUUCAAGUUAGAACCCUAACCCCCAAAUUCUCAAAUUCCCAAGUUCCCAAAUUUUGGAGAGAUAAAAAUGGAGGAGUACCCUGAAGAACUCCGAACACCACCUGUGCCAUUGAUAACUCUGGUAGGUUGCUCCGACCUUCAUUCUACCAUCUCCGCUCACCUCCAUUCCGAGAAACCUCCGAUCAACACUCUCGCAUUGCCGGAUUUCGACAAGAUCUCCGUCAUUGCCAAACACAAAUUUUCCGCCGAUUCUUCUUCUUCGUCUUCUCCUCCUUAUGGCAUUCUCAAGAGAGAUUGGUUGCACAAACAUCGCACUAAGAUUCCCGCUGUUGCUGUCACUUUGUUUCCUUCCGAUCAUGUUUCCGGCGAUCCUGCUCACUGGCUUCAGCUCUCUACGCUUCUCGAUCAACUCAAAACAGUUAUUCGUUCGAGGAACACCAAAUUGGUUGUGGUUGUGGUGCAAUCGUCUCCCGGAGAUGAUAUGAAUGAAGAUCGUAUGACUGCCUUACGCAAACGUGUGGAAUUGGAUUCCAAAUAUAUUGUUAGCUUCUCUACAAGUGACUCAUCUGAAGUGAAGCAGUCUCUUAACAGGCUAGGAAGCGUGUUGGCUGACUUAGUACACAUAUAUUACCGCGAAGAAGGAAGACGUGUCAAAACACGAGUUGAUAAGAGAAAUUUUACUUCUCCUGAAUUGGGUAUCCGUUGUUGCUUUAAGGUUGCUGUUUAUGCAGAGUUUCGUAGAGAUUGGGUUGAAGCACUCAAGUUUUAUGAGGAUGCAUAUCAUGCGUUGAGGGAGAUGGUUGGAACCUCUACCAGGUUGCCUGCAGUACAACGCUUAGUAGAGAUAAAAACACUUGCAGAACAACUGCAUUUCAAGAUAUCUACUUUACUACUGCAUGGUGGAAAAAUCGCCGAAGCAGUUUUGUGGUUUCGUCAGCACUGUAAUUCUUACAGGAAGCUCGUUGGAGCAACAGAAGUUACUUUUCUUCACUGGGAAUGGGUAAGCCGACAGUUUUUGGUCUUCGCGGAGCUACUAGAAACAAGUUCAAAAAAUAUUCCAGGCUUUCCAGCACUAGUUUUGGGUGUCAAAGAUAAGGCUCUGACCGAGUGGGAACUUCAACCAGCUUAUUACUAUCAGUUGGCAUCUCGCUAUUUGAUGGAGAAGAGAUCUUGCUUGGAACUUGCUAUCUCUAUGUGGGAGGUUUUUAGUGAGAGUGAUGCUGCUGCUGAAUCGGUUAUACCUUCUGGUUAUGUCGGGCAGUUUGCUCGAUUACUGGAACAUGGUCAUGAGGAAGUACCUUUGCAACCUCUGACAGAUGAGGAGUUUAUUCGCUAUUCUAUUGCUGAAGGGAAGAGAUUUCAAGAUUCUUUUGAAAUCAUUGCUCUUCUGAAAAAGUCCUGUGAGAUAUAUUCUGGCUUAAAUUUUCAGAGGGUGGCAUCAUAUUGCGGUUUCCAAAUUGCUAAAGAAUAUUUUUCUCUUGGUGACAUAAAUAAUGCAAAACAAUAUUUUGGUUCUACUGUCAGUUUGUAUAGGCAUGAGAGUUGGGGAACUUUGCUGUGGGAAAUCUUGGGUUAUUUACGUGAGUGUACAAGGCAAGAUGGUUCUUUAAGGGAAUUUGUUGAGUAUUCCCUUGAAAUGGCUGCAUUGCCAGUAACACCUGAAGAUUCUUCUGCCUAUAAAGAUUUUGGCCCAGCUGGCCCUCCAAGUUUUCAACAGAGGGAGAUAAUUCACGAGGAGCUUCUGGGCCUCGUCACUGGAGAAUCGGAGUUUGCCAUAAAGGGGGUUGAUCAGAACCUUAGGGUAACUAAAGAUUCCCCUCUCCAUGUCGAAAUUGAUCUUGUCAGUCCCCUAAGAGUUGUUCUACUUGCUUCGGUUGCAUUUCAUGAACAAGUAAUCAAGCCAGGCAUGCCUACGCAAAUUACAUUGUCGCUCCUAUCGCAACUACCUCUCCCUUUCGAGAUUGAUGCAUUGGAUGUCCAGUUUAAUCAGUCAGAAUGUAAUUUUGUCAUCCAUAACUCUCAAAAACCUCCACCCACUAAUCAUCAAGCCGGCUAUCGAGUAGAGAUUGCUCCAGCUUUGGCACUUUCUACAAAUAAGUGGCUGAGGCUGACUUAUGACGUUAAAUCUGAUCGAAGUGGAAAGCUUGAAUGCAUAUCCGUCAUUUUAAGGAUUGGAUCCCACUUCACUAUCUGUUGUAGAGCUGAAAGUCCUGCCUCCAUGGAGGACCUACCACUUUGGAAAUUUGAAGAGCGUGCGGAGAGUUUCCCAACCAAGGAUCCUGCUCUAGCUUUCUCUGGUCAAAAGGCAAUCCAAGUUGAAGAACCUGAUGCACAAGUUGAUCUGAGCGUGGAUGCUGAAGGUCCUGCAUUGGUUGGUGAAAACUUUGUUGUUCCAGUUACUAUCUCAUCAAAGGGUCAUUCUGUUUACUCUGGUGAGUUGAAAAUAAAUCUAGUAGACACCAGAGGGGGUGGACUGGUGAGUCCAAGGGAAAUUGAGCCACAUUCAACAGAGAGUCAUCAUGUUGAACUUCUUGGAGUUUCUGGACCAGAUGAUGAAAAAUCUCUUGCGAGCUCUGACCAUAUUCGUAAUAUCCAGCACUCAUUUGGAUUGAUAUCUGUUCCUUUUAUAAAAGCUAGAGAAUCUUGGUCCUGUAAAUUAGAAAUCAAGUGGCACAGGCCAAAGCCAGCCAUGUUAUUUGUUUCCUUGAGUUAUUUGUCUCAGGGUCAUGAUGUUAAUGCGCAAAAAAUCCAUGUUCACAAGAGCUUGCAGAUUGAAGGGCAGACUCCUGUUCUUAUUACCCAUCAUAUGAUGCUACCAUUUCGACGUGAUGCAUUACUACUUUCUAAGGUUAAGCCCCUGGAUGAUGCUGAGAAGUUGCCAUCUUUGCCACUGAAUGAAACAAGUAUACUAGUUGUCAGUGCUAAAAAUUGCACCGAGGUGCCAUUGAGGGUAUUGUCAAUGACUAUUGAAGUAGAUGAUAGUGCCUUGGAGAGUUCUUGUAGCGUGCGUCCAGCCAGUAAUCAACAAAAGGAUGCUGCACGACCAAGUAUCGUUGUACCAGGGGAGGAAUUUAAGAAGAUCUUUUCUGUUAUUCCUGUGGCUAAUACCUCGAUAGCAAGGAUUGGUACAGUGUGUCUCAAAUGGAUGAGAGAUGUGGGGCCACUGAAGCAAAGUAGUUCUGGAUUUUCAACCAGACAGAGACUUCCUGAUGCAAACGUAGAAGCAUCUCCUCUGAUUUUGAGCUUAAAAUGUCCACCUCAUGCUGUUCUUGGUGACCCGUUCACUUUUUUCAUUAAAAUUCAGAAUGAAACAGAGUUACUUCAGGAGAUGAAAUACUCGUUACUGGAUUCUCAAAGCUUUGUUUCAUCUGGGUCCCACAAUGAUGCGAUAUUUGUCUUGCCCAAGUCUGAGCAUGUUCUUAGUUACAAGCUUGUCCCACUUGCAUCUGGUUCGCAGCAGUUGCCCAGAGUUACUGUGACCUCCCUGAGAUAUUCAGCUACAUUCCAACCCUCGACUGCUGCCUCUACUAUUUUUGUGUUCCCUGUAAAGCCUCAGUUUGAGAUGAUUACUUCAGAAAAUUGUGCAGAAUCCGUGAUACUUGCUGCUGAAUAGAUUACUUGGGAUCCAUAAAUUACUGCAAUUUAUUCAGUUUUUCGCAUCCUGUUCCUUCUACUUAGAGGCAUGGGGAUACCCUUUACAAGAUGCUUCUCUGAGGAAGAAUCAUCUGAAGAUGCUGUCGUAAAAAUUGUGUCAAGUCAUUUAUCACCUGAAUGGAUUCAGAUGUGCCACUCUGAGCAGGAAUCAUGGCUUAAGCCUUAAGGUGUUGCUGAAGAGUGAUACUAAUGGGUAUGUAUUCUUUGGUUGAAAUUCGUUAGUACUAGAAGAAAUCAUCAUAUAGAAAAGAAGUUACAGAAUUGACCUCACAUUGUCUAAACUGACAGUAUAUGGAAAAGUUUUCUUGGAAAGAGUUGUUUAGACGCUGCUACGAAGAAAUUAUGCUGGUUUCCUGGAACGAAGUACCCUGUGGUUUUUGUUAAAUUGUCGAAGGUAUCAGUCAUGAUACACAACUAAACGACAUGGCUUAGUUGCCAAAGGGCUAACACCGGAAAUUACUUCUCCAAUUUAGUGCUCUGUUUUUGUCAAUUUCAGAGCCUCACUGGGUUUUGCAUCUCAUGAACCGGAAAUUGCAUCCUAAAAAUGGAUUCAAUCUGGUUACUUUGUAGCAGUGAGUUUGUGUAUUGUCCUCCCCUUGUAUCAUCACCGGAGGAGACACCGCUGUAUUUCAUACGUGGUUAUAGUUUCGUGGUCAUACAAACGCCCUCUUUUGUACAGGAUGAUGAACUGUAGAGUAGUGGGCAUUGUGAAUUAUAUAUGUGAUUUGGACAUAACUAUUCUCUUCAUUCAAUUAGUUGUCACAUUUUCUCCUUGAUCCAUCAUAAUUAAGGAUGACAUAAAUUUAUAGGACUACGUUACUAAGUGAGUCAUUUUCCGCUUUUGUCAUCACUUAAUUUUAGUAAUGGUAUAAUGAGGAUCUAAUUGUGGACUAUUACUUCCCCCUUAAUAAAAUAGUUGCAACACUUGAACUUUUCGCAUUGUUUA